CGGGACGCUCCGCUGGUGUUGACCGUUUGUCGUAAAGUUUUUCACCUGAAAACGUCGAUAUUUCAUUUAACCACAAGCUGCUGCUGCUUCUCCGUCCAGCGGGCCACCGGAAGGAGACUGAACCCAACAUGCCGCUACUCGUGUCGGACUAUUCCUGGACCCAGAACGACUCCACCGUUCACAUUAACGUGCCGCUAAAGGGGGCUAAAGCCGUGAAAGUGGACAUAGUUUGUACGGACGAAUACCUGAAGGUGAGUUUUCCUCCGUACCUGUUUGAAGCCUUCCUGUUUGAACCUGUUGAUGAAGACAGAAGCUCAGCGAAGGUUGGAAAUGGAGUCGCACUCAUCAGCUUACCAAAGAGGACCAGCAAACAGUGGGAUCAACUGAUGAUAACAAAUGAUAAAGACAAGAAGAAGGAGAUCAGAGAGAGGGCUCUGCUGAGGUACCAGGAGAAGCUUUGCUCAGAGUCCAGACAAAAAGCAGAGAAACGGCAAGCAGAGAAAAAUUACGCUCUGGAGACGAUGAUGAAGCUGGAAAAGGAGGAAAGAGAGAACAUCCAGAAGAUAAAGGACGCCGAGCAAGAGAAAACCACGUCAGAGCUGGCAGCAUGGCAGCUCAGGCAGAAACAGGAAGCUGAGGAAGACGCUAAACUGAAUCAGAGAGGAAAUCAAAACCAGCAGCGAGCCGGUAAACAGAGGCAGGAAAACACACUGUCAGUUAAACAGGAUCAAAGAACCAACAGUGAAGCAAAGAGCAGCAAGAAACAAACCGAGCCGCCUCCUCCCAGAGUGAGCGGAAACAUUCAGAUCACUUUCACGCCAAGAGUUUUCCCAACAGCCCUCAGAGAGUCCAGAGUAGCAGAGGAGGAGGAGUGGCUGAAUAAACAAGCUGAAGCCAGACGAGCUGUAAACUCAGAGCUGCUAGAGGAGCUGAAGGACCUGAAGGAGGAGCAGAAGAACCCCGACUGGUUGAAGGACAAAGGAGAUAAGUGUUUUGCGAGCGGUGACUACCUGGGAGCUGUGAACGCCUACGGUCUGGCCAUCAGACUCAACAGGAAGAUCCCAGCUCUGUAUUCUAACAGAGCAGCAUGUCACCUGAAGUUACGGAACUUUCACAAGGCCAUUGAAGACGCCUCUCAGGCUCUCGAUCUUUUGACUCCACCAGUCCCAGCAAAUGCAGCUGCCAGAGCCAGAGCCAGCGUCCGCCGAGGGUCUGCUUUCUGCCAGCUGCAACUCUACGCAGAAGGGCUGCAGGACUUUCAGGCUGCUCUGAAGAUCGACCCUCACAAUGAAGCUCUGCAGGCCGACACUCAGAGAAUCAGAGAAAUUGUACAAGGAUCUGCAGCAGAGACUCAAAUAGACAAAACUAGACACAAUGAGACACAAUAAGACACAAUCAGACACAAAGAGACACAAUAAGAUGCAAAGAGACAUGAAGAGACAAUGAGACACAGUAAGACACAAAGAGACACAAUGAGACUGAAAGAGAUGCAAACAAAAGAGACUCGAUGAGAUACAAGGACACAAUAAGACAGAAUAAGACACAAAGAGGCACACUGAGACACAAAUACACACUGCAAGACACAGUGACACACAAUAAGAGACAUUAUGAGACACAAAGAGACACAAUGAGAUAUAACGAGACACAUUAAGAUGCAGAGAGACACAAGAAGACACAAAGAGACAAAAAGAGACACCAAGAGACAAAAUAAGAUGCAAAGAGACACAAAGACUCAAGGAGACACAAGGAGACACAAAGAGACUGGAUAAGAUGCAAGGAGAUGUAAAGAGACACAAUAAAACACAACGAGAUACGAUGAGACACAACCACAUGAUCUAUACAAUGUUUGAAAACUGUAACAAGAAUAUUCACUUCAAACCAUCAUUAAAUGUCUCGCUUUGUCCAAAAAUGGUAAAUUUCAAACCACCUGAGAGCUGAAACCUUUAGAUAUUUGACACGUUUCCACGAAGACUCAAUAAAAGAUUAUUGACGACCGACUGUGAUGGCCGAAGCAAACCACCCGGAUGAGAAAUCCGUUCAGCAUCGAGACCUCUGACAUGCCCAAUGAUUUCACUCUUUGUGAGCAGGAAAGUUUGACAGAACUGUCUUGUGAUGAAACAUUGAAGUCUGCUUUCAAAAAUCACUCGCUGUUGGACUUUUGGAUAAAGCAACGCGGCGAGUAUCCUGCGCUCUCGGAUAAGGCUGUGCGCUUUCUCCUUCCUUUCACAACGACAUAUUUGUGCGAAAAAGGCUUCUCUACGCUUGCCGCCAUCAAAACCAAAUACAGAAGCAGGAUGGACGCCGAGCCCGACCUGAGACUGAAGCUGACGUCAGUUGAACCGGACUUUGCUGGACGUAGGCAGGGACACCCUUCACAUUAGGUGUGUAAGUGAACAUAACUCACCAACUUGCUGGCUACUGGUCAACUUAUAAUAUCUGUCUUUAGUCUAAACAUGUUCAAACAGUUCUGUAUAUGUAAGUGUGUGUGUGUGUGUAAUGUGAAUGUGAGUGAGAGUGCAUGUGAGAGAGAAACAGAGGGAUGGUUGCCCCUUGGUGUAUCAAAGUAUGGACAGUUGUGUGGCCUGGAGUCCAGCUCUAGUGUUAUGCCUGUACAAACUGUAGCUGACAAAAUUAAACGUUUAUUGGGGCCACAUUUCUGUAUUUUUUUUUACUUUGGUCAUAAUGGUGGUAGCGCUGCACAGUGGACGUAGUGGUUAGGACUUUCACCUUGCAGCAAGAAGAUCCCUGGUUCGAAUCCCGGGGUGGGCCUGGAAUCUUUCUGCAUGGAGUUUGCAUGUUCUCCCUGUGCAUGCGUGGGUUUUCUCCGGGUACUCUGGCUUCCUCCCACAGUCCAAAAAUAUGCUGAGGUUAAUUGAUUACUCUAAAUUGUCCGUAGGUGUGAAUGUGAGUGUGAUUGUGUGUCUGUAUAUGUAGCCCUGUGACAGACUGGUGACCUGUCCAGGGUGUCCCCUGCCUUCACCUGAGUCAGCUGGGAUAGGCUCCAGCACCCCCCGCGACCCUAAUGAGGAUAAAGCGGUGUAUGGAGGAUGGAUGGAUGGAUGGAUGAUGGUGGUACUUUGAAAGCCUAGUAUUUUCUGAGGUGGUACUUGGUUUAAAAAGUUUGAGAAACACUGUACUAUACGAUGACUUUUUAUUUUUCUAUGUUUUUACGACAUACUAUACUAUAACAUUUUUUUGAUUUUUCGACAUACUGUACUAUAUUUUUUAUUUAUUCUAUAUUUUUAGGACAUAAUAUACUACAACAUUUUUUUUAUUUUUACAACAUACUACACUGACAUUAAAAAAUAAAUUACAGCAUGCUAUACUAUGACAUUUUUAUUUUUAUGACAUUUUUUUAUUUUUUAAAUAUUUUCACGAAGUACUAUACUAUGACAUAUUUUGGAUUUUUCGACACACUGUAUUAUGACAUUAUUUCGUUUUAACUACAUAUGAUACUAAGACAUUUUUUAGAUUUGUUUUCACGCAAUAGUAUAAAGACAUUUUUUUUUUUUUAUUUAUGAAUGCUUUUACGAUAUACUAUAUUCAUGCAGAGAUCGGAGGUAAUUCUCAUUUAGUAAGAGGAGAUAAAACAGACAUUAUGACUUGAUUAAUUCUCUACGUGUGGACAUGAGUGAAGAUCAGCGAUACAUCAAACAGGAAAAGCACUCAGAGCACAGUACUCCUCUGAGGCUGCUCAGUCGAUUGAUUUCCGACGGAUGAAAUCUGGAAAAAAAUUGCAGCAGAAAUCAUGACAACAUAGAAUGUGUCCAUUUAUUAAAUAAUAUUAAACAACUCAGGAGUCUUGUCAGUCUUUUCUUCUCUUUCUGUAAUGGGUAACUUAGUUGGAAGUGAUUUCUCAGACACAGAUACAAUUUGUUAUUUUCCAUAUAAAAUCUGAGAUAUUGCCAAAAAAGAAAUCUGUCAUGAUUAUCUCAA